AUGGUGUGCCUGACCGAGACGACGGAGAAGAUGGCGAGCGUGUCGGCGGAGCUGGAGGCGAGUCGGGCGGACGUAUUGGGGCUGCGGAGGCGUUUGAGUGAGUCAGAGGGCACCGUUUCGCGUCAUCUGCAAGACCUAGCAGAGGUGGCAUCUCGCAGUCGCGCCUUCGCCGAACGGCUUGCUGGCGCGAAGAAUCGGGCGGCCGUUGUCGCUGGUGAAAUGUCGACAGGUUGGAGGGAUUGUUUGGAGCAAGAAGUGAUGGUGAUGGCGAGUGUGGAGGUGUUGGAGUCUCUAUUGGGUGACUUCAAAGCGGCAGAGUCGAGGCUUGGUGAACUGGAGGCGCAGAAGAAGGCGGAGGAAGAAGGCAGAGUGGAGCGCGUGACAGCGGUGUAUGAAGCGAAGCUGGUUGAGCAGAAAGCGCAAUUGGAGGGUCGGUUGAAUGAAAGAGUGAUGGCGUACGAGAAGACUAUGCGGGAUGUUGAGGCGAAGUAUGCGGCACUGUUGGAAGCAGCUGAAUCGAGGCAUGUUGCUGCGGCAGAGAGGUGCGAGCGUCUUGUCGCGCGAGAAGCGGAGUUGGUGGAUGAGAUGGAGGCGAAAGACGUGAAGAUAUUGGGUCUGGAGAGUGACCUCGUGGCUGUGCGCAUGACGGCGGCUGAAACCCAAGUUGAGCUCGAGAGUUUGAACCGUCGAAUGGUAGAGCGGGAGGAGGCCGAGGGUGCGGAGGAGGGCCGGAACACGAGGCGCUCAUCUGCCUCGGAAAUGGAGGAGAAGGCUCGGAAAUAUCCUGAGCUGAAAGCCAUUGCCUUUGACCUGAAGUCGCGACUGCGCAAACGAGCUGAAUUGCUGGAAAGCAGCAUGAAGGAGAAUAGACGCCUGAGACGAAUUGUUCACGAGAACGAAAGGCGCGCCAAGGGGUUCCUUGAGGAGUUGGAGCGACUGCGUAGACAGAUAGUGGAGAAGAAGGGUGCCAUUAAGAAGCUGGAGGCGGUAGCACGUUCGCUGCCUGUUCGUCAUGUUGGCGCGAGGCCGUGUGACUACGACGCGCCACCUGAAACCCGCAAGUCUCCAAGACGUCCACGCUCCGUAGAGUGGAGUUGCAAAGAUUGUGGACACGAAGUGGCCCCGGAUGUCUUGGGCCGUGCCGAGGUCGACUUGGGUGUUGGUGAAGAAGUUGUGGAGGGAAAGGAGAAGGAGGAGGGGGAGGAGUGUGUUGGUGUGGCGGUUGGUACUGCAGCAGAGCCUGGUGCAACCUUGAAUACAGUUGUUACCAGUGCCACCCAACUGCACGAUGUGAAAGCCAGCGUUCCACAGGAGGUUCGGUGUGUGUCUGGGAAACUCAUGUCGGUGCCCCCUUGUUGGAAACAACAAUCAAUGCCUGGUGGUGUUGGCGGUGUGAGUUCACUGGUGACGAGCAUCGAGGUGACUAUUCGUGAGCUGUCAAAGUGCCUGGAGUCCCAGCGUCAGGCCUCAGUGAUGGCGGAGGAUGCCACCUAUUCCCUUGACGCCGACGACGGUGCACUGACGAACACGCAGGACGUGAAUGACACCCUCUCGGUGACGUCAGAUGGCGGCUCGUUGUCGGUUUCUGCGUCGUCGCUUUCCCGCCAGAGUAGUUACCGGUGCAGUGAACGCGGUGUCUCGUCCGUUGCAGUGGGCGUUGCACCACGUAAGAAGUCUCUCACACCGAACCCAGGUGCCAUCGGGGAUCUGCAGGAGCACAUAAGUCGGUGUGCCAGGGAGCUUUCGUCUCUUUGCUUUGCACUGAUGCAGGAACUGACAAAGCCAGAGGCAGCGAGCGGCAACGUGGUGUUUGUUAAUGCUUGGGAGGGAUCAGUCGCAGUGUACCUCGCAGUUACCCAGACGCUAACUGCAAGUCGUGUAGACUGUGGGUUCGGGCGUGAUGGUGGGAGCGGAAUGCGGAUCAUCGGACCACCGACGAGCCAGAGCAAUCAUCAGCCGGACAGUGAAGUGUGUAUCGGCAUUACUGGAGCAGAAGGGAGAGUGUCUAUGUCGAGCUGGGGACAUGCAUGCACACGGCAACGCGGUGGUAAAGAGGCCAUUGGUAACUUGUGGACGUGCACAUUUCAGGGUGACGAGGUUCUGUCGUGUGUGGUGAGUGAUCUGCGAGAGGCACUUCGUCUACUAGGUCCUGGCAGGUUGAAUUCUCCACGCCAAUCACACCAGGGGGACUCCGCGUCAAACAGCUGCCGGUCGCGGUCAUCCGGUGGAGCUACGGCCCGCAAGCCCACGGUCACGACAAGCAGCAGCUGUUCGUGUCAGCAGCGUUGUAGUCGAGUGAUCAACACCGUCGAAGAACUCACUGCGAUGUUGAAUAGCACUGCCAGUGUGCUUUCGGAAUCUGCCGUGCAGACAAGACGCCAACCCCACGAAUCGGGUUCUCCCUAG